CACAUCUCCUACGAAUCCUUACUCGCGCCCUCGUUACUUCACCUGUCCUUCUCGAGAGUGCGCGAAUGCGGUCGGCGUGAACGCGCAUCGGUCUCCAGGCCCGUGCGUGCACGCGCUCUAAGUGUCGUCCGGCUGAAAAACCGGAGCACUUUAUCAUCAUCAUCAUCAGUUUGAUGUUCCUGAGCGGUGAACCUGUCAGCAUGUUUCUCCUGCGCUGCAUCACGUCUUCAGUUCUGCUGAUACUGGCUGAGAGUGAAGUGGGCCCGAGUAAUUCCCCAAGCAGUUACUGUACCGAGUCUAAAGAGUGCCUGCAGUUUGAGUUGGUGUGUCAGACGGAGGAGUAUGAGGUGCGACAUUACUCUCCAACUCGGUGGGUGUCGACUGAUGCUGAAGCGUAUCUUAUGGGAGUUGGAGCAGCAAUGGCCUUUAGACGCCUCUAUCAGUACAUCACUGGAACCAACGAAGCAGGUAUUCAGAUGGAGGCAACAGCUCCAGUUCUAGUUGAAGUACCAGAAGAGACUCACACAUGGGAGCCGGCAAUCUACACACUCAGCUUCCUGCUUCCAUCAGUCUUCCAACAAGAUCGCCCUCCUGCACCGACCAAUGACAAGCUGUAUUUUACUGAGAUGCCUGAGAUGGAUGUGUAUGUGAGGAGUUAUGGUGGCUGGAUGCUCUCCGUCUCGUCCCGACUCCACACACACCUGCUAACUAAAGAGCUACAGAGGGUUAACGCUACUUAUAACCACACGCACCACUACGCUGUGGGCUACGACAGUCCUCUGAAACUCUUACACAGACACAAUGAGGUGUGGUACGUGGUGAACGGCGAGCCAGUGUGCAACGCAACGACAUAUAAACCCACUCAGAGCACCAACACUAAUACGCCUACUGCUAGCACUGCUAAUCCUCCUGCUAUUAGCGAUCCUCCUGCUACAGAGUAACCAGGUAAAAGCCCAACGAACGCAAAAAUGUCUAUUUACCUAGUUAAAAACAUAAUAUAGCAUAAAUAAGCAUAAAUAGACUUCUAGGCAAAUUUGGUUGUUAGUCGUUUGAUGUAUGUUCUGGGUUGGGUCACACUGCACUGCCCUCUAGUGCUCAAUGCUUUUAUUACAUGCAAAUAUACUGUAUUAAUCAAAAAAAGUGUAAUGCAACUCCUCUACCUAAGAACACACAACCCUCUACUGGACUUCUGUAGGUUUAAUCUAAUUCCGUACCUGAACACUCAAGCCUGAACACUGCACACUGUACAGUCAGGAGCAGAGGUCGACCGAUUUUCCCGAUAUCGAUAGCUAGGUUUGAAUAAAGUUUACUGAUAACCGAUUAAUCAACCGAUAGUUUUUAAAAUGGAUACUGGUCAAAACAAACGCUUUAAUAAUAACGGCAGACCUUCUCCUCCGCUCCAGCAACAGAAUCAACCUGGAAAAACUAUCGGUAUGGUAUCACAGAUGUUUCAAGCAAUCAACCAUCGGUGCCAAUUUAUCGAUUCGUCGGUCGAGUCAGGAGUCGUUUCCAUGAUGCAGUGUGCAUUGUGUACCACAACAACUUUAGGUCUCUAUAAAGCUGGUUAUAAACAUGAAAACACACCUAAAGAGAAACGAGUGAUUACUGCUAAACUGCCCUAUCUGUUAUUACUACUCCACUGCAGUGUUAUAUCUCUAUCAUAAUAUAAUAAAUACAAAUCAUUUCUCCACUACACACUCAAUCUUCCACUUUAUUUCUCUGUUACUCUUCUCUAGGGGGCUCCAGUGAAUCGGUCGUGUGAUUCUGCAUGUGUUUAGCAGAUCUGACCACACUGGCAGCGUCGCUAUUAUCACACACUUAUCUUAUCAGGAGUAUCCAACUAACAGGGUAAAAAAAUCUCCAGCUUCAGCUCAGUGUCCAGAUUUAGCUUUAGUAUGGUUCCUUGUGGGUUCUUUAGGAUCCAUGCAGUGGUACAAAACAACAAACUCUUCAGGAUGAAGCUUUGCUUUUAGAAUGUGUCGUGUAUUUAUUACUAUGUUUCUCAGACUUUUGCUACUCAGUCUUGUCCCUGAGCUGAUUAUGUUUAUAAAGCGUUUUAGUAUCACGGCUUGCACAUGCUCAGAUCAAAAGGUGCUUCAUCUGGUGUAAUUGUGGAAGAUAAAACCUCCAGGCUGCAACUGCAAUUACUAAUAAAACCAUAUCACA